CCCCCCUUCACUCACAUCCAGCGGGGGUCACUCACAAUGCGCUCCUUCUUCCUUACCUCCCUCGCCGUCGCCGGCCUCGCCAGCGCCGCCGUGGCACACAUUGCACCGGACGCCGAGCGCCCAUAUCGCAAGUCGCUCGGCUUCGGUCCCGUUCACCCCCAUGCGGUCUUCCGCUCCGCUCCUUACCAGGUUCAAGCCGCUGGCCUUCGCGCGUCGCCUGACGUGGAUCCGCUGGACGUCGCGACGACUUUUGUCGUGAACCACCUUCGCGACGUUCUCAGCGAAACGAGCUCGUUCGUCCUGCGGGAGGACUCGUACACCGACGAGGCGACGGGCGUCACCCACGCGUACUUCCGCCAGAUCGUCAACGGUGUAGAGGUUAUCGACGGAGAUCUCAACGUCAACGUCAAGGACCGUGUCGUCCUCUCUUACGGUGACUCGUUCUUCCAUGGUCCGGCUCCGACCGUCGUUGUCGAAGAAGGUGCUAGCGAACGGGAUCCUCAUGGCGAGUACUGCUCGCGUCUUGAGUCCCAGCUGCUCUUCAGGCCGGAAGCAACUCGCGGAGAGCAGGUUGCCCUCCACGCCUCUGAGGCUGGCAACGCCGAACUCAUCCAGGCGCUUCACCAAUCCAACUGCGGCUCCCGCAGCUUCGUGGCCGAGUCUGCCAUUCAUACCCACAACGACGAGUUCACGAACAAGCCCGCCCUCCUCGCGUUUAUGAUGCACGCGACCCCGUCCGAGUCCGUUGCGCAAGACAUCAAUGCCAAUUUUAGGAAGCACAUCGUCAGGAUGCGUUCCACCUUCGACACGGCGUAUACCGGCGAUCAUGCCACCACCGUGGAGUACAUUCACAACGUGCCGGAUACCGUGAACCCUGUGAAGGCACGUAUUGGAUAUAUCCAGGUCCCUGAAGGCGGCAAGACCGUCCUGCUCCCUGUGUGGAAGUUCGAAGUCGAGAUGGCGGACAACUGGUAUGAGGCGGCCGUCUCCGUCACCAAGCCGCACCGCAUCAUCUCCGUUGUCGAUUGGGCUUCGGACGCGUACGCUCCCAUUCGGCGCGAGCAGGAGAGCAAGCAGCCGACGUACCACGUCUUCCCGUGGGGCGUGAACGACCCAUCCGAGGGAAACCGCACCUUCUGGAACGCGAAGCCCGAUGCGAUCGCCUCGCCCGUCGGCUGGCACACGCUCCCCUUCGAGAACGACCCGCAGUACUUCGGCGUUCGUCGCAAGGCCGGCUCGGAGAAGUUCCGCAAUACGACGACGACGUGGGGCAACAACGUGUUCGCGCACGAGAACUGGGAAGGCCGGAAUGCCUGGGUGGACAACUAUCGCCCGGACGCCGGCGCGUCGCUCAACUUUUCGUACGCCUACGACCCGCGCGAGACUGGCUCGGAGGACGCGCUCGCCGAGGCGAAGGGAUAUAUCAACGCCACGGUCACGCAGCUGUUCUACACGAGCAACCUGGUCCACGAUUUGUUCUACCGUUACGGGUUCGACGAGGUGUCCGGCAACUUCCAGCAGCACAACUUCGGUCGUGGUGGCGCGGAGAACGAUGCUGUCAUUGCCAACGCGCAGGACGGCAGCGGAUACAACAACGCUAACUUCAUGACGCCACCCGAUGGUCAGAACGGGCGUUGCCGCAUGUACCUCUGGAACACGGCGAACCCCUACCGUGACGGUGACCUCGAGGCUGGUAUCGUCAUCCACGAGCUCGCGCACGGUCUCAGCACGCGUCUCACCGGUGGUCCUGCCAACUCGGGAUGCCUUGGUUGGGGCGAGUCGGGCGGUAUGGGCGAGGGCUGGGGCGACUUCCUCGCCACCACUAUCCGGAGCACGGCCAACUACUCGGACUACCCCAUGGGCGAGUGGGCCGCGAACCGCGUCGGUGGUAUCAGGAACUACGUCUACUCGCUCGAUGAGACCAUCAACCCUUCGACGUACAAGACGCUCGACAAGCCCGGCUACUGGGGCGUGCACGCGAUCGGCGAGGUCUGGGCCGAGAUCCUCUGGGUCGUCUCCCAGAAGCUGAUCGCCAAGCACGGCUACUCGGACACGCUCUUCCCGCCGCAGCCGCUCGAGAACGGCACCGUGCCCGCCGGGGACUUUUACCGGCCGCGGGAGCACUACACGCUCACCACCGCGUCGGGCGCGCAGGUCACCAAGGCGAAGCCGCUCGUGCCCAAGCACGGCAACUCGCUCGCGGUGCAGCUCGUGAUCAACGGCAUGAAGCUGCAGCCGUGCCGCCCGAGCUUUUUCGAGGCGCGGGACGCGAUCGUCCAGGCGGACCAGGUGCUGACCUCGGGCGAGAACUUUUGCGAGCUGUGGAAGGGCUUUAGCGAGCGCGGGUUGGGCCCGGACGCGCGCGUCGACGGCCGGACGCCGUGGGGCGGAGGGGUGCGCACGAACGACUAUGAGGUGCCGUUGGCGUGCAAGGAGGAGAAGAUUCCGGAGGAUCCGGAGGACGUGAAGCUCGACUUUAUCAUCUGAGCGCGCACGGGGAUGGUGCGUCUUGGCGUUUUUCCUCUGGUAAUAGCCUGAUACAUAGACCCCGGUGUUGUUCCGUUUGGAUAAUACAGCAAUCAUAUCUUUUGCAUAUACAUCGUUGUACUUUUACAUACCAUGAACAAUCAUGAGAUU